CCCGAGCCGGCGCUGCCCGCGCCCUGCGCCCGCGCCUGCCGCUGCCGGGAGCCCUUCGUGCCCAUCGCGCCCGAGUCGCACCCGCUCUACAACCGCGCCCGCGCCGGGCAGGUGCCCAACUGCGCCGUGCCCUGCUUCCAGCCCUACUUCAGCGCCGACGAGCGCACCUUCGCCGCCUUCUGGAUCGGGCUCUGGGCCAUCCUCUGCUUCCUCUCCACCGCCGCCACCGUGGCCACCUUCCUCAUCGACAUGGAGCGCUUCCAGUACCCCGAGCGCCCCAUCAUCUUCCUGUCCGCCUGCUACCUGCUGGUGUCGGCUGGCUACCUGGUGCGCCUGGUGGCCGGGCACGCCCGCGUGGCCUGCAGCGCCGACUUGCGCCACGUGCAGUAUGAGACCACGGGCCCCGCGCUCUGCACACUGGUCUUCCUACUCGUCUACUUCUUCGGCAUGGCCAGCUCCAUCUGGUGGGUCAUCCUCUCGUUCACCUGGUUCCUGGCGGCCGGCAUGAAGUGGGGCAACGAGGCCAUCGCCAGCUACUCGCCCUACUUCCACCUGGCUGCCUGGCUGCUGCCUAGUGCCAAGGCCAUUGCUGUGCUGGCGCUGGGCUCGGUGGACGGCGACCCGGUGGCCGGCAUCUGCUACGUGGGCAACCAAAGCGUGGACAACCUGCGCGGCUUCGUGCUGGCGCCCCUCGUGCUUUACCUGCUCACUGGCAGCCUCUUCCUGCUGGCCGGCUUCGUGUCGCUCUUUCGCAUCCGCAGCGUGAUCAAGCAGGGCGGCACCAAGACGGACAAGCUGGAGAAGCUCAUGAUCCGCAUCGGCGUCUUCAGCCUCCUCUACACCGUGCCCGCCGCUGCCGUCGUGGCCUGCCACGUCUACGAGCAGCACUCGCGGGAGCGCUGGGAGCGUGCCCAUGCCUGCGCCUGCCCCGGCGAGCCGCCGCCCGCCAAGCCUGACUAUGCCGUCUUCAUGCUCAAGUACUUCAUGGGCCUGGCCGUGGGCAUCACGUCCGGCGUCUGGAUCUGGUCGGGGAAGACGCUGGAGUCCUGGCGUCGCUUCUCGGGGCAGUGUUGCCGCGGCACCAAGCCUGGUGGGGCGGCCCUGGACAGCACGGCACUGGCAGCCAGGGCGGGCGCUGCUGCUGCCUACCACAAGCAGGUGCCCUUGUCGCAUGUGUGAGCCGCUGGCACUGGGGCACCCGCUGCUCGGCAAGGCUGGGAGGGCAGGAGUGGGGCAGG